GAGCAAGUGAAGGCAAUCGACGACUUCUUCGAAAGUCGUCGCAAGGCAGGACAAGUGCGGGAAUCCAAGUCCCCGCACAGCGCACCAACGUACUGUGUCAAGAAGCCACAGGGUGGUUGGCGCAUCGUUCAUGCGUACAAUAAGCUGAACGAUGCGACGAUACCGGCGCAGACGCCGAUACCUCGAAAAGAUUUCAUCAUCGAUACGAUGUCCAAGAGCACCAUCUACAGUGCUCUUGAUCUGAGAGACGAGUUCUAUCAUAUCCUCAUGCGUGAGAGUGAUAUCCCUCUCACGGCGAACGGCGUACGCCCUGACCCCGAGAAGGUCAGAGUGAUCAACGAAUUGCCUACGCCAUCCAACGUGAAGGAACUGCGGCAGUUUCUUGGCCUUGCCACGUACUUGUGCAAGUACGUGGACAACUACGCAGGCAAGAUUCGCCCGCUGUCGCAGCGUCUGAAGAAGGAAGCUGCGUGGAAUUGGACUGGUGAGUGUCAGCAGGCGUUCAAUGCAGGCAAGCUGGGCUUGACUGAAGCGCCGAUCUUGGCGGUGGCUGACCAAGAUCGUCCCUUUCACGUAGUGUGUGACGAAUCCGAUUUUGCGAUCGGAUGUGCGUCUACUACCAGUCGCGUCAGCUGA